AUGCCAGUACUUGGACACUUCCCGCCGGGCAGCGGCGGCGGCGAACACACCACAUUAGUCAUGGCUGGCACGGGUUGUGCUUUGCUCACCGCGCUGUUGUUGCUGACUGUACUGGCGUGGAGGCGAAGCGAACCUGCGUCCUGUUUACGUAAAGGCUACGAACCAGGUGAAGCGGAGGACAAAGCUAUAGAACCUCGAGACAACCGCCGGAACUGCCAGCAGGUUUAUACCUCGUCGCCCGGCAAGCAGCCGCCACCAUCGAAAGAACAGCAAGAAAUGUACGAGAUCAGCCCAUACGCAACGUUCAGCAUGUCCGGAGGCGCGACGACGGCGGCGCGCGGCGGCGCGGCGACGGGCGCGACGCUGCGCACGUUCGGCCGCGCCGAGCCCGCGCCGCUCGCCGCCGCGCCGCCGCCGACCAAACAGCGCUCGCUCACUAACGCAGACGAGUACACAUUAUCGCGAGCCAUGACGCUGCUGGUGCGGCGGUCAGAGUCGGACUCCGAUUCUAGCGGUUCGCCCUGCGCCGAGUGCACAUCUGGCUCGUACCGCAUACCACAAACUACGCCAAAAGUAGCGGAGGAGGUGUUCCGCGCCGUGACGGACUCGUCGGCGGAGUCGGCGUCGACGGGCGACGCGCGCUCGCUGUCGGCGCGGGCGCACGACAAGGCGCGCCGGCGCCCGCGCCGACACCACGCGCCGCAAGCUACCAGGUAUCAACAACGCCAAGAGCAAGAAAGGAGAGAUUUUACGAUACACGUUUAACAUAAAUGACAAUAAAGACUGCUGUAAGCGAAAAUAAUCAGAAUUAUAGAAUGUUACCUAGAUAGAUAUAAAGAUAAGUCUUAAUAAGGACUGUAAAUAUUUCUAUGAGUUUUGUAAAUUUUAUUACAAAAAUCAAGGCCUAUUUGGAAUUAAAAAUUAAGUCGGGACUCAAACUAUCAUCGAUAGAAUGGAAAU